CAGGCGGCUUCAUGGAGAGGCGAUGAGCAGGUAGUGAAGCUGCUGCUCGAAAAUGGCGCUGAGGUCAACGCACAGGGUAGAGACUAUGGCAAUGCACUUCAAGCGGCUUCAGCCAGAGGCUACGAGAAGGUGGUGAGGCUGCUGCUCGAAAAUGGCGCCGACAUUAAUAAGCAGGGCGGGUUAUACAGCAGCGCAAUUCAGGCGGCUUCAUGGAGAGGCGAUGAGCAGGUAGUGAAGCUGCUGCUCGAAAAU